CGUCUCAUUAUUGCAUUGGCUACCGAGCUGAUAGCAUAUCUCCGUAUCACAUAUAAAACUCGCCGUUAUAGAAAUAAACAUCACUAUCAAUCGACAGCUUGCAACAGUCGGCGGCGCGAAAUUCGCCUGCUUUCCUCAAGAGGGAUCGACAACGUUAUUCGCGAGGUCGAGCGUUUGUUUCGGGAUUGUUUCGGAUCUCGAAGAGAGAUUGGGAAAACCAGUGGAUCCGGAAACUAAAAAUGUGAAUUCUAUUUCGCGAUUGAGCACGGGGGAAGAUAGUAGGGACGAAAGCGUUGGAUUCGAGAUAUCGAGCAAAUCAUCAGCGGUUGCAACGUUUUCUUCUCGCCUGCAACUACAAUUCGGGAUUUAGUAUCGCGAUGGUGACCACAAUCCUGCUUCUCGCCGUCCUGACGGCGUGCGUCUGCCUGUACAGCAUCAUAAAGAGCAAAAUGAAACUCUUCGAGAAGCUGAAGAUUCCACAUGAAAAACCAGUGGUCUUCUUGGGCAACACAGCGCCCUUUUUCUUCCGGCGUAUGUCCAUAGUGGAGAAUAUCGAGAAACUGUACAAACGCUUCUCGGACGCGAGGUACUUCGGUUUCUAUUAUUUUACGACGCCGACCUUCGUGAUUCGCGACCCGGACCUGAUCACGUCGAUCGCCAUCAAGAACUUCGACAAUUUCUGCGACCACCGUAACUUCGUGAACGAGGAGCUCGACCCGAUAGCCAGCAAGAAUCUAUUCGGCAUGCGGGGCGACCAUUGGCGCGAGAUGCGAAAACUCCUCAGUCCGGCCUUCACGUCCAGUAAAAUGAAGAUGAUGUUUGGAUUGAUAUGCCAGUGCGCCGACAACUUCAGCACUCACAUGGCCAACAACUCUCUCAAGGCCGCCAAGACGGUGAAUGUAAAAGAGGAAAUGUCCAAAUACGCGACCGACGUUGUCGCCUCGUGCGCUUUCGGCGUCAGCGUGGACUCGUUCAGAUACCCGAAAAACGAAUUUUACCUUCUCGGCAGGGAAGCGAUGAACUUCGACGGCUUCUUGUCUCUAAAAUUCCUUCUGAAUACGAACUUCCCGAAAUUCGCGAAAAUGUUCCGGAUACGCGUGUUCAGUAAAAAGGUCGAGAGAUUCUUCAAAGAGCUCGUUACCAGCACGGUGAAAAUUAGGGACGAGAAGGGCAUCACCCGACCGGACAUGAUUCAACUGAUGAUGGAGAAUAGGGAGAAAAGUACCGGGCCUGAGUUCGACAUCGACGAGAUGACCGCUCAGGCGUUCGUCUUCUUCCUCGGUGGCUUCGAUACCGUAUCGACGGUGAUGUGCUUCCUGGCGCAUGUGGUUGCGGUCAACCCCGACGUCCAGAGGAAACUGAGGGCUGAGAUCGACAAGGUCCUCAAGGAGAACGAUGGGAAACCUACUUACGAGGCCCUAAAUAGUAUGAAGUACUUGGACGCCGUAGUGACCGAGUGCAUGAGACUGUAUCCGCUGGCAGCUUUCAUCGACAGGUUGUGCGUCAAGAACUUCGAAUUGCCGCCGGCCACUCCGGACUGUAAACCGGUCACGGUAAAACCCGGACAGACCAUCUGGUUCCCGAGUUAUUCGCUGCAUCGUGAUCCCAAUUACUACCCGGAGCCGGACAAGUUUGACCCGGACAGGUUUCUGAACGGCCACUCGGACAGCUCGACUUAUCUGCCGUUCGGUCUCGGGCCUAGGAUCUGCUUGGGCAACAGAUUCGCUCUGAUGGAGAUGAAACUUAUGCUGUUCUACAUGCUGUGGCGAUGCGAUCUCAUGCCCGACGUCAAAACUAAGGUUCCUUUGGUUCUGAACAAGACGACGUUAGUCAUGCUGGCGGAAGGCGGCUUCUGGUUGAAGCUACGGGCGAGGGAUUCGACAGCAGCGCAGUGAAUGCUCGUCGGUGGAUCGAGUGUUCAAAGGCGAAAGUACACUAUAAGUUUUUGUAACGUUUGCUUCACGAGGUGUUCGAAACGAAUCUUGUUAAUUGUAAUCAUAAUUAAGUCUGACCUUCGGCAUUUUUCCUUUGAAUAUGCGACGAGGAGAAAGAGAAAGGCUAGAAAUCGUAGGAACGAAAUUCUCAAGAAGAAAAGUAAUUCGAAACCACCUUCCUUGUUACCAGCGUGUGAAUUCCUCGUCAACCUCGUGUUAUUUUCAUUGUAAUCUUUUAAUAAAGUUUGCAUAUCUCCAACGCUCGCCAGCGUAAAUACCGACGACCUGUAAAGGAAAUCCUCUCCUAACAGGUGGUUUCUCGCUAUCCAAUCUUUGAUCUCCUCUGAAGGUGCGAGUAAUGCGCGCAUCAUAUCUACAUGUCUGCAUCUAUAUUGCACAAUAUAAAUCAUGUAAUAUA